AAGAGACGCGGGCGCGCAUGGCGCUGUACAGCGCGGCGGCCGAGGUGCUGCUGCGGCUGGAGCGCGGCGAGGGCGGCCUCAAGAGCCUGGUGUACAACAGCGGCUUCCCGCACGUCCGGCAGCUGUACGCGCUGGUGUCCGAGACCCUCCGCUACGCCGCGGUGCUGGAGAAGCUGCUGGAUGGAGCCGCGUUGCUGCGGGCCGAGAAGAAGCUGGCGCCGCAGCUGGCGAAGGUCCUGGUGUACGACCUGCUCUUCGGCAAGGGGCUGAAGUGCGGCGGCCGCUGGAAGGCCCUGGCCCGGCGGCACCGGGCACGGCUGGAGGCCGAGCUGGCCCGCAUGAAGGUGCGGCACAAGGUGAGCCGCAACGAGGACCUGCUGGCCUCGGAGCAGGCAGUGAGCGCCGCAGCCUCCCAGGUCCCACGCUAUGUCCGGGUCAACACCCUGAAGACUUGUGUGGACGAUGUGAUCGACUUCUUCAAGUGCCAGGGAUAUGCCUAUCUGGGCAAGGCAACCAGUGUGGAGGAGUUGAAGGCCCUUUCUGGAAAAAAAUUCUUGUUGGAUCUGCAUCUUCCGGAGCUGCUGGUUUUCCCUUCGCAGACAGACCUCCAUGACAACCUGCUGUAUACUUCAGGACACAUAAUUCUGCAGGACAAGGCCAGCUGCCUCCCUGCCUUCCUCCUUGGCCCUGUUGCUGGCUCCCAUGUAAUUGAUGCCUGUGCUGCCCCUGGAAACAAGACAAGCCACCUGGCUGCCAUCCUGAAGAACAAGGGACAGAUCUUUGCCUUUGAUGUGGACCCCAAGCGUGUGGCCACCAUGAACACGCUGCUGACACGGGCAGGGGUCACUGGCUGCCAGCUGGUCCAGCAGGACUUCCUGACUGUGGACCCCAGGGACCCCAAAUACAGCAGAGUAACCCACAUCCUUCUCGACCCAUCCUGCAGUGGCUCAGGGAUGGUGACCCGCAGGCCAGGGGAGGAGGUGGCCCCGAGUGCUGAACGCUUGCAGGCGCUGGCUGGCUUCCAGCGCCGCGUCCUCAGCCAUGCCCUGAGCUUUCCAGCUCUCCAGCGCCUGGUCUACUCCACCUGCUCCCUGCACCAGGAAGAGAACGAGGAGGUGGUGCAGGCUGUGCUGCAGGAGUGGGGCUCGGCCUUCAGGCUGGUGACUGCCUUCCCAUCCUGGCCCUGCCGAGGGCUCGCAGCCUUCCCUGGAGCAGAGAGCUGCCUCCGUGCCUCCCCCGCAGAGACUCUCACCCACGGUUUCUUUGUGGCUGUGCUGGAGCGGUGCAGGGAAGGGGCUGUUGCCCCCAGGCUGUUUGCUCCUGUCCACAGCUCCCUGCCUGCAGCAGCCAAGGAGAACCCACAGCCAGGAGAGGGAACAGAGCCAGGGGCAGCUCCCAAGAGGAAAAAGAAAAAGCAGCGGGUUAAAGAGUGAAACAACGUUUUCUGGACAACCCCCUGCACAGCUGGGGACACAUACUGGCCUGAACACAUGUGCUACCUGCAGUCAAUAGUGAGAAUUCUGUAACACCAGAGACUGAGUGCCAAACACUGGGACCACCCUGGUGCCAGGAAGGGGCAACUACUUACCCAGGGCUGCCCCUUGCAGCCAAUUCCCUGCUCCAAGUUUGCCCCCAAGGCAAUCCUCACUCUGCACCUUGCAGGGCUGGGGUCCUCCAGCUGGGUUAAGGGUGGUUUAUCAUGUUCCCUCCUGAAAAAAAAAUCACUGUAGGGAUGAAGCAGAUUAAAAGUUUCUCUCUUCAGUUUU